GUGUCAGUUUGUUUACAGCGGUCCCUGCUGCUGCUGCUGCUUGACAGACAUGGCUGUGGAUAUAACUUUACUUUUCAAAGCCAGUGUCAAGACGGUGAAAACCCGGAACAAGGCGAUAGGAGUCGGCUUUGACUCGCCCAAAGAUGAGAUCUUCAAGAGGAGCAGACCCAAGAGCGGCUUCUCUCCGAAGGCCAAAGAAGUGAUCUCGAACAUCACCAAGCUCAAAGACUUUCUGCUGCAACACAGGAAAGAUUAUGUGAGCGCCGGAAGCCUCAUCUCGUCCGAUCUGACCCGCAUGACGGACAACGAACGAGACCAGAUCGACCAGGACGCUCAGAUCUUCAUGAGGACCUGCUCGGAGGCCAUCAAGCAGCUACGCAAUGAAGCAGAGAAGCAGGUGACAUCGGCCCAGUUAAGGAAGCACAGAGGGGCCGUGCUGGACCUCAUUGAAGUAUAUCUGAGAGGAGUCUGUAAGCUGUACUCUGAACAGAGGGCGAUCCGAGUCAAGAGAACGGUGGACAAGAAGAGGCUGUCGAGGCUGGAGCCGGAGCACCGCAGUAAGGUGCAGAAGACGCCGCCGGGGGUGAUGGUGGCGCCCCCACCGGAGAAGACUGUCAAGGAGGAAAGUCCUGAGAAGAGUGUGUUGGAGGUCCCGGACAACCCCGUGAACCUGUGGGACGAGGGCCGGACGGAGGACGAGCUCUCUCCUGAGGAGGUCCAGAUGUUUGAGCAGGAGAACCAGCGGUUGGUGAGUGAGAUGAACAGCCUGGUGGACGAAGUGAGGCAAAUCGAGGGGAAGGUGGUGGAGAUCUCUCGCCUGCAAGAGAUCUUUGCUGAGAAAGUCCUGCAACAAGAAACGGAGAUCGGCAGCAUUCACCAGCUGGUCGUUGGCGCUACGGAAAACGUCAAAGAAGGCAACGAGGAUAUACGAGAGGCGAUCAAAAACAACGCCGGCUUCCGGGUGUGGAUCCUGUUCUUCCUGGUCAUGUGCUCCUUCUCGCUGCUCUUCCUGGACUGGUACGACAGCUAACGCCACGACAGCUAACGGUACGACAGCUAACGCCACGACAGCUAACGCCACGAGGCGGCGUGGACUCCGAACCCGACAGGAAACCUUCUGGCUCGCGAAGAGCUGACGACCACACUGGACUGAAUGUGCAUGCUGCAGCUGGAGCCACGUGCCCCUUGAGAGGAGUCGUGGCCGUUGCCCCUGACGCUAACUAUCUAACAGUGUUUUGUCCAGUGCUUUCAGGGAGUCGAUGUUUAAAAGCCCUUUUAUGGAGGCAGUGUAUCCACUUUUAAGUGUGCUUAUAGCCGGACACUCUUCACCACUAAAAGCACCGACGACGGUUUGAUUGGCAGCAACGAUUCUCGUCUGUCUGACUGAAGAAAACAUUAAUUUCUGAACCGACGAAGAGACACUGUUCAGACUAGCUGUCUCGUGUACACUAUUUAAAUAGAUUAUACAUGCGUGUACCUCAAUGACACAUUAAUUGUGGGCUGCAGAUGAAGGUUAUUGGAUAUCCAUCGCAGCGUAACUGUACUGACACACCAUUCACAUUCUAGUAAAACUGAGCAGUGGAA